CAAUGGCUGUGCCAGGAAAUUGCAGUGAAAUUCCGGUGACCCCUCGUCCCUUCACUUACGCUGAAAUGACAGAUGGGUCAUUCACCUUUCCCCAGCAGCUCAGGUCAUCGUAAAGGAAUAAAAAUCAUUUUACAACUCGCACAUUAAAGGAACAUGUAUAUUAACAGAAACUGAUUUGUGAGGUGUUUGACCGAUAGGUUGGUGACCGUUUUUCUUAGCUUCGUUUGACUGACAGUUGGUGGCAGUUUGUCUUAGCUUCCCAGCUCAGUUUAAUUAAAAUUCAGCAGCUUAUUAACUGCUCCAUUGUAUUCAGAACAAGUAAAAUCAUUAAAUCAGGGUAAGUAGAAUUCACCGUCCAAUGUUAUCCUUAAGACACAGACAUUGUCACAAUUUAUUCUUGUCUGAUGCUGCAUUCUGAAAGGGUUUUUAAAAAUAAUGGUUUCGUUGCAACAUCACUGAUUUUUGUGUCGUUUAUCAAGCCAUUUGUGAUAUGUUCAUUUAUUGUAAUUAAAAUGGAAUUCUGUUGGAAGGCACAAAUGAAUGGCUUUUCACUAAAUAAUAUGAAUCUCUAGCAUUGAUGAAAUGACAUUUUCAAUGCAUGCAAACAGUACAUUCUCAGUGGGGCUGCCUGGGGUAUAAUGCUAACAGCCAGGAGUUAUUCAAAUCUUCUCAUUAGCCCCUUUUCACACGUAUUCCCUUCUGCAUGCCAUCACUCAAUCCUGAAUAUCACAAAAGAAAUCACAUUGAAGGUAUCAAAUAAUUUUAAUGUUCUUGUGUUAUCUUACUAUAUUCAGCAUGAAUAGCAGAAUCUCUAGUAGAAUAAUCCCCUCCCACCUGAACUUUGGAAAUCCGAGAAGAGUUGGGCAUGACUCAACAGAGAUCAUGCUCACUCCUGCAGCUUACUUGUCGAGUUUUGUUUCACUUAAGUUUGUCACUACAGACAGUCUGUCUCCCGGAACUACUAAUCAUCUCUCUCAGAUAUUCUAGGAAUUCCAUUCACAUUGAAGAAUGUUGCGCAUGUGGAUUGUAUUAAGCCUGCUGUUACCAGUGACGAGAAGCUUCAUGAUCUACAAUACCAUUCAUGGCCUGUGCUUGCAAGACUCCCGUGGGAGUGACCGUGUGCAGCUGUGGCGCUGUGACCUGGACUCUCACUUUCAGCAGUGGUUCUGGGAGGACGGCCGCUUGCUGGUGAACAGGGGCACGGCAAGGUGUCUGUCCAGCCACCAGAUGAAUCCUGUCCUCACUGCAUCCUGCAAUGGCAGCGAAGGCCUCUGGUGGCACUGCCGUAGUAACUGGCUGGUCAGCCACAGCAGCUCCCUGAAGCUAACCACAGAUGGGAAAGACUUGUCCCUGUCACAUGAAAACAAACUAUCCAAGUGGAGAUCCCUUGAAGAAGGCAACAUCUGUCAGGAAAGCCUGAGAUUCAAAAGGGCAUCGGAUGAGCCAUAUGUCUUACCAACAGACUACUCGGAAACAGAGUAUGAUUACGCGGAAGAGGGCACCAUGACUGAAGAGCAGAGGCACUACUACAGAUGGUACUACCGCACAGAAGACUCGUCUCCAUGGACAUAUGCAAUGCUGGCCCUGUCUACAGGAGCACUCCUGCUGGGCUGCCUGCUAUUUGCCAUGGGAUCAAUGGCAAACUGGAACAGGAAGAAGAUUGGCCAAUACAAGGCUGCCGCUGCAGCCCAGACAGCGCGGGCGGAGGAGCUGCAGGGCAUGGUUGUGCUCAAACAGGCCCGUGGCGCUCCCUCUCAGCACAGCCAGCCCAGCGAGAAGCCGGCCCCAGAGAGCUGCGAGAUGGGAGAGCUGAGGGCUGGAGAAGUCAUCCUCAAGUGGAAGGAUGGGAACGUGACGGCCCUGUACCCGGACGCUCCGGAGGAGGACGUGUAAAAUGGCCGACCAGAGCACUGAGUUCACUCCCCUCCUCUUCCUGAUAGAAACAGUACCUUGAAAGCUUUUCUUUUGUUAAUGGACAGCGCAAGGUGAAAGGAAUUCGGAACAGUGAGAUCGUCUGGGUUAAGCCUAUCCAUCUCUCUACUCCUUGUGUUGCUUUCCCUCUCUGUUACAAACAGCCAUCGCAUGCUGGAUUUAGGAAUUUCACUCGCAAAAGACAAGACAUGCAGUUGGCCAUUAAGUAUUUCUGCAUUUAUAUUUCCAAUUGCAUUUGUUUGAACAAUGUCAUCACCUUUUCAUCAAAAGAAACAGUGACAGAUAUAGCACAAAUUGCACUGUAAAUUAUGUCUUUUGCAUAAUACCACACAAAUACAGCAUGUGGCUUCUGAAUGUUUUUGAGAUGUGUUGGUGUGAUCAUGAGAACAGCGUAAUCUUUCAGUUGUACCAUUCACUUCUAAAAGUUUAUUCACCUGGGGGAAUGGCAUACAGUACAGUGAUGCUACUAGCUCUUGACCACUCAACAUGAGACAAUAAAAACACCAGAGUGAGAACUUUGUAUAUAUAAUAUCUACCUUUCCCAAAAACAGUUGGUUAAAAUUAUAUAUGAUUUGUAUAUCAAAAGAAACAAAGUAGGAUUGUACAUACUUAUUUUUAACAUAAUAAAUGUUUAAAAAUG